AUGAGACCACCUGGUUAUAAGUUUCAGUUAGGUCAUUUGAAGAGGACACUAGAAUAUAUUGCCUUGGAAAGUGGUGGAGUCUUCUUGGGAGAUCAGAUAAAGAAAGUUUUAAAGGGCUACAGCUUUCUCUCUGGAGAAUGGCUACUGAGGGUGGCGACUGCAGUGGAGGCUGCAGCCUCAGGCUCUGGAGAACCCCAGGAAGAGGCCAAAGCCCCUGGCCCUGCCUGGGAUGAGUCCCAACUACUCAGUUAUACCUUCCCAACCUGGCCCAUCCCGCAUCUCAGUCAGAGCAACCCUGGGACAGAGGAGCUUAUUGAGAAUGAGGAGCCUGUGGUGCUGACAGACACAAAUCUUGUGUAUCCUGCCCUAAAAUGGGACCUUGAAUAACUGCAAGAAAAUAUUGACAACAGUGACUUCUCUGUGUACAAUGCCAGCACCCACAAGUUCUUGCACUAUGAUGAAAAGAAGAUGGCUAAUUUCCAGAACUUUAAGCUGAGGUCCGAUAGGGAAGAAAUGAAAUUUCAUGAGUUUGUUGAGCAAUGGCAGAAUAUACAGCAGUGAAGAGGUGAAGAGAGGUCGUAUCUGCAGCAAACACUCAAUGACACUGUGAGCAGGAAGAUUGUCAUGGACUUCUUGGGUUUCAACUGGAACUGGAUUAAUAAGCAACAGGGAAAGCGUGGCUGGGGGCAGCUGACCUGUAACCUGCUGCUUAUUGGCAUGGAAGGAAAUGUGACACCUGCUCACUAUGAUGAGCAGCAGAACUUCUUUGCUCAGAUAAAAGGCUACAAGCGAUGCAUUUUGUUCCCUCCGGGUCAGUUUGAGUGCCUCUACGCAUAUCCUGUUCAUCAUCCAUGUGACAGACAGAGCCAGGUGGACUUUGACAAUCCUGACUACAAGAGGUUCCCCAAUUUCCAGAAUGUGGUUGGUUACGAAAGAGUGGUUGGCCCUGGUGAUGUUCUUUACAUCUCAACGUACUGGUGGCAUCACACAGAGUCAUUACUAAAUGGGGCCAUUACCAUCACUGUGUACUUCUGGUAUAAGGGGGCCCCCAUCCCUAAGAGAACUGAAUAUCCUCUCAAAGCCCAUCAGAAAGUGGCCAUAAUGAGAAAAAUUGAGAAGAUGCUUGGAGAGGCCUUGGGGAACCCACAAGAGACUGUUCCCUGGACUCCCCUGCCCAUCUGGCAGCAGCCUGGGGAAGUUGCCUCCUCCGCUCAGUCUCCUCCAUCAGGAACUAUUUUCUUCUUUGAACACCGUCAGGGACGCCCGCGGCAGGAGCUGAGGGCCUGGUCCAGGGAGAAGCCAGGAACUCGGAGUUUUCUCCUGAUUAUGCCGCAGAGUGCCAAGGGGAGGACUAGGUGGCAGAAAUCACAAGCUAUAGUCAGCGAGCUGCUCUUACCAUCUCACAUAAGCACUCACUUGCUGGGAGGUGCCCGCCAUCCUGAAUGCCAUGAUUUCAUCAAUUCUCUUCUUAAGUUUUGCCACCAGAGCUGUGUGAUCUUAAAUCUAGACAUUGCUGGACCUCGGUUUCCUUCUCUGAAAAAUGAGAUGACAAGAAUAAAAAGGGAACUGGGGCUCUAUAAAAAGGACUGUACAUUUGCUGAUGAAAGUAUCUGGACACUGUGGCACCAACGUGAAAAGGCAGAACUGUUGAGCAAAGCAUCCCAAGAACCUUUGAAUGAGUGGGCAGCUAUUGAAGGAAAACAUGGGUGA